AUGUGGAAGAUGGAUGGGGGAAAAUCAGAGAAAGGAAAAUAAUGGGAGAAAAGUUGGAGGAAAAUUGUAUUGUGCAAAAUUCUAAAUUUUUCUAUUUUCUCUUUCUCCCAAACCAAAUAAUGGGAGAGAUUUUAUUAUUUUUUUAAGUUUUCCUUUCAUUCUCUUCUUUUUCACAAGUUUCAUACAAAGCAAAAGUAUUGUAAAUCUGAACCGUUUAUUUUUCUUUCGUCGAUAGUUUUCAUAUAUAGAUUGACAUAUCAAUCCUAUUCUGCAAACCCAUAAGCACUCUGCUUUGCAUACCCCACACCCUCUCCUCUGCUUCUCCCUCCCAUUUCCAUUCCCCAUCCAAUUAAUGGAACCCAACAACAAGCCAACCACAAUAUGCCACGUGGUGGCGAUGCCUUAUCCCGGUAGAGGCCACAUCAACCCCAUGAUGAACUUCUGCAAGCUACUAGCCUCGAAAAGGGACGAAAUCUUAAUCACCUUCGUCGUGACGGAGGAGUGGCUCGGCUUCCUCAGCUCCGAGCCCAAGCCGCCGGCCAACAUCCGGUUCGCCACGAUUCCUAACGUAGUCCCGUCCGAGAAAGGUCGGGCUGCGGAUUUGCCGGGUUUCAUUAGAGCUGUUCUGACCAAGAUGGAAGAGCCCUUCGAGCGGCUGCUGGAACGGCUUGAGCGGCCGCAGAAGCCGAGCGUUAUAAUGCACGAUACGUACUUGAUGUGGGCGGUGGACGUCGGGAAUCGGAGGAAUAUUCCGGUGGCGUCGUUUUGGACCCAGCAGAUGUCCGUGUUCACAGUGUUCUAUCACUUUGAUCUCCUCAAACAAAAUGGCCACUUCCCAAUUAAUGUUUCAGAACGAGGAAACGAGUUGGUAAACUACAUACCAGGAAUUCCACCAACACGCAUUGCAGAUCUUCCGGCAGUCUUCUCCGGCAAAGUAUUUGAUGUUGUGCACACAGCUUGUGAAGCCCUUUCGCUAGUCCGAAAAGUACAGUAUCUUCUACUCACUUCAAUCUAUGAGCUCGAAUCGCAAACCAUUGACGCAAUAAAAGCAGCAAUUCCAACCCCGGUAUACUCUAUUGGUCCAUCAGUACCUUACUACGAACUCGGGGACAAUUCCUCUGCGUCUACCGAUUCCAAAAACUGUGAAACCAGCUACGUGCAAUGGCUGGAUUCUCACCCCAAAUCCUCCGUUUUGUAUAUUUCUCUGGGUAGUUUCCUUUCUGUUUCCAGAACCCAAAUGGAUGAAAUCAUUGCAGGGGUUGAUAUGAGCUGCGUUCGGUUCUUUUGGGUGUCGCGAGAUGAUGCUUCUCGGAUCAAAGAGGGAUGUGGUGAUUUGUCAAACAAGGGGGUGGUGGUGCCAUGGUGUGACCAGUUGAAAGUACUGUGCCACUCUUCCACAGGCGGGUUUUGGUCUCAUUGCGGGUGGAAUUCAACCAAGGAAGGUGUCUUUGCCGGAAUUCCAUUCCUCACUUAUCCAAUAAUUGGGGAUCAAAUGCCAAACUCCAAAACUAUUGUGGAGGACUGGAAGAUUGGGUGGAAAGUGAGGAGAGGAAUGGGCGAUGAAGAACGCUUGGUUACGAGAGAAGAAAUUGCCAGUAUUUUACGGCGGUUCAUGGAUUUGGAAAGUGAUGAGGGGAAAGAAAUGAGGAGAAAAGCGAAGGAACUCGAGGAGAUUAGCCGAAGAGCAGUUUCCGAAGGAGGUUCAGCUGAAACUGCAAUUGAUUCUUUUAUUCAAGACAUUUCGUAACGUCGUGAUUGUUGAAACAUAUGUUUUCUACGGUUCUGAUCAGUGAUUCCUAGAGAUUAUCUUACCACUAAUGUUCACGUAAUAAGCAACCAUUUCUCUCACUUAUAUAAUAAGUUCUACCUGUUUUUCAGUUUGAAAGAUA